AUGGCCUCUCUCCUGCUGCUACCCCUGCUGCUGCUGCUGCCUCUGCUGCUGCUACCCCUGCGCCUAUGGUCUCAGUUGCGCUGGUUCGCGGCAGACUUGGCCUUCACGAUGCGCGCCCUACGCUGCAAACGGGCCCUUCGAGCGCGCGCUCUGGCCGCCGCUGCCGCCGACCCAGAAGGUCCUGAGGGGGGCUGCAGCCUGGCCUGGCGCCUCGCGCAGCUGGCCCGGCAGCGGCCGGGGCACACCUUUCUCAUUCACGGCGCGCAGCGCUUUAGCUACGCGGAGGCCGAGCGCCAGAGCAACCGGGCUGCGCGCGCCUUUUUGCGCGCGCGAGGCUGGGACGGGGGACCCGGCGGCGGCGGCACGGGGGGCGCCGGGGAAGGCGAGCUGGCGGCGGACUGCGCUAGAGACCAGGCGGCCGGAAGCGGCGCGGCGUGGGCCGUGCGGGAAGGGGAUGGCGCGGCCCCUCUGGCACCUGGGGCCACCGUGGCGCUGCUGCUCCCUGCCUGCCCAGAGUUCCUGUGGCUCUGGUUCGGCCUGGCCAAGGCCGGCCUGCGCACGGCCUUUGUGCCCACCGCUCUGCGCCGGGGUCCCCUCCAGCAUUGCCUCCGCAGCUGCGGCGCCCGCGCGCUGGUGCUGGCGCCAGAAUUCCUGGAGUCCCUGGAGCCUGAUCUACCGGCCCUGAGAGCCAUGGGGCUUCAUCUGUGGGCUGUGGGCUCUGACGGCCGUCCUGCUGGAAUCAGCGAUUUUCUGGCUGAGGCCUCAGCUGAAGUGGAUGGGCCAGUGCCCGGGUACCUGUCUGCCCCCCAGAACAUGACGGACACAUGCCUGUAUAUCUUCACCUCCGGCACCACGGGCCUCCCCAAGGCUGCUCGGAUCAGUCACCUGAAGGUCCUGCAAUGCCAGGGAUUCUACCAGCUGUGCGGUGCCCACCAGGAGGAUGUGAUCUACCUCGCCCUCCCACUGUACCACAUGUCUGGCUCCCUGUUGGGCAUCGUGGGAUGCUUGGGCAUUGGGGCCACGGUGGUGCUGAAGUCCAAGUUCUCAGCUGGUCAGUUCUGGGAGGACUGUCAGCAGCACGGGGUGACGGUGUUCCAGUACAUCGGGGAGCUGUGCCGGUACCUUGUCAACCAGCCCCCGAACAAGGCAGAACGUGGACACCAGGUCCGGCUGGUGGUGGGAAGCGGGCUGCGGCCGGACACCUGGGAGCGCUUUGUGCGGCGCUUCGGGCCCCUGCAGGUGCUAGAGACGUACGGGCUGACCGAGGGCAAUGUGGCCACGUUCAACUACACCGGACAGCAGGGCGCUGUGGGGCGCGCCUCCUGGCUCUACAGGCAUGUCUUCCCCUUCUCUUUGAUUCGCUAUGAUGUCACCACAGGGGAGCCAAUUCGGGACACCCAGGGGCACUGUGUGGCCACGUCUCCAGGUUUGUGUCCAGGUGGGGUGGGCGGGGGUGGUGUCCUUGGAGAGUGGGGUGGGGGGCGGCCACCCCUGACCCCGGUGGCUCUGGCAGGUGAGCCUGGCCUACUGGUGGCCCCUGUGAGCCAGCAGUCGCCAUUCCUGGGCUACGCUGGGGGCCCGGAGCUGGCCCGGGGAAAGCUGCUGAAGAACGUCUUCCGGCCUGGGGAUGUUUUCUUCAACACUGGGGACCUGUUAGUCUGCGACAACCAGGGCUUUCUCCGCUUCCAUGAUCGCACUGGAGACACCUUUAGGUGGAAGGGGGAGAAUGUGGCCACCACCGAGGUGGCUGAGGCCUUGGAGGCCCUGGACUUUCUUCAGGAGGUGAACGUCUACGGAGUCACUGUGCCAGGGCAUGAAGGCCGGGCUGGGAUGGCAGCCCUGGCUCUCCGUCCCCCCCACUCUCUGGACCUUGUGCAGCUCUAUGCCCAUGUUUCUGAGAACUUGCCACCUUAUGCCCGGCCUCGGUUCCUAAGGCUCCAGGAGUCCCUGGCCACCACAGAGACCUUCAAGCAGCAGAAGGUUCGGAUGGCAAAAGAGGGCUUUGACCCAGGCGCGCUGUCCGACCCACUCUACGUUCUGGACCAGGCCGGGGGCGCCUACCUGCCGCUCACCCCGGCCCGGUACACUGCCCUCCUGGCCGGAGACCUUCGCAUCUGA